AUGGUGGACUUGUAUGGCAAGUGUGAAAGUCUAGAAGAUGCUCGCAGGGUGUUUGAUUCGAUGGAGCAGCACGACAUCGUUUCCUGGACAUCGAUCAUCACAGGCUAUGCUCACGAGAGCCAAGAUGGAGACGAAGCUUUCCUUCUCUUCUCUUCCAUGCAAGAACAAGGAUUUAAACCCGAUCGUUUAGCUUGUGUCGCCGCUAUCAAGGCUUCUUGGCCUGGAGAGAGAUCCAGCAGUCUGGUUGAUAUGUAUGCCAAGUGUGGAAGCUUGAUCAUGGACAUUCGCAGGGUAUUUGAUAAGAUCUUAGAUCGCGACAUACUCUCGUGGAACUCUUUCCUGUUUGGAUGUGUUUACAUUGGCGAGGACGAGCUUGCGUUGGAAUGCUAUGCAGCCCUGGAAGUUGCUCCAAACUCUCAAACCUUUCUUGCGUUGUUGCAAGUUUGCAGGAACCUGGGAGAUUUGAAGCUCGGGAAGCUCUUCCACGGACAGAUUCUCCGGCAGGGACUGGAAGGGAGUUCUGUAAGGAUUUCCCUGCUCGACUUCUACUGUAAAUGCGGGAGCGUCGAGGUCGCCGAGCUUGUGUUUGAGAGCUCCAUUGCGUCUCCCAACACUGUGGCAUGGAAUACUUUGAUUGCAGGACAUGGCGCUCAAGGAGACGCCAUCGCUGCGUUCCAAGCGUUUCGGAGCAUGCGACGAGUUUACACAGUCGCCGAGCUCGAGAGCAAGCUUGGUGUUGUCAACAAGCUCUCGCCAAGCUCUCACAUUGGAUGUUUGCCACAAAGGUUUCGCAAAGCCACCACCGAUUGCCGCCAUGUAUCACGGGCACCUGUGACUUCAGUAGGCACGAGAUCUUUGCAACUGAACUGGGAAAAGAAACCGGCUCAGCAAUGGUAG